AGUAUGUCCAGAGGAGGAAGACGAACCCACACCAAGUUUUCCUUUGGUGUUGUGAGAUUGGUUUUGUCGGUUGGAGUUUUAGCAUGUGUUUAUCAGUCGGUUCAACCUCCACCGCCGAAGAUGUUCACCGCCGUGACAUCACCGAGGAUCAAACUGAGAGAUGGAAGGCAUUUGGCAUACAAAGAACUCGGAGCUCCCAGAGAGGAAACCAAGUUCAAGAUGAUUUAUAUCCACGGCUUUGAUUCUUGUAUGCACGACUCAUUUUUCUUCCACAACUUGUCGCCAGCUCUUUUGGAGGAACUCAAGAUAUGCAUAGUAUCAUUUGACCGACCUGGUUAUGGAGAGAGUGAUCCUGACCCGAACCGGACACCAAGAAGCAUAGCAUUUGAUAUAGAAGAGCUUGCUGAUGGGUUAGGACUAGGACCAAAGUUCUCUGUCAUUGGCUUCUCUAUGGGAGGUCAAAUCAUUUGGUCUUGUCUUCACUAUAUUCCUCACAGGUUAGGUGGAGCGGCGAUGGUAGCGCCCGUAGUUAACUACUGGUGGAGAAACUUGCCUGCAAAAUUGUCUAAGGAAGCUUUAUCUCUAAUGCUUCCUCGAGACCAGUGGAUGCUUAGAGUGGCUCAUUAUGCACCUUGGCUUACUUCCUGGUGGAACACACAGAGAUGGUUCUCAAUCGCUAGCUACAUUUCAUGUGACCCCAACAUCCUCUCGUUUCAGGACAAGGAAAUCUUCUCUAGGCUCGGUUACAAUGACCUGAAUCAGGUUUCAAGAACAUUCUCAUAUUCUAUCCUAAAGUUUACAAACAUAAUGAAACAAGUCUCUUUGGUAUACCAUGAAGUUGCGUUUUGUUUUUGGAAGGCAUACGCAAGGAAGCAAGGAGAAUAUGAAAGUCUACACAGAGACUUGAUGAUUGGAUAUGGUCAUUGGGAGUUUGAUCCAUUAGACGUUCAAAAUCCGUUUAUGAACAGUAAUGGCUCAGUCCACCUUUGGCAUGGCGAUGAAGAUAUGUUUGUGGCAGUGUCGCUUCAACGUUUUAUCAUCUCAAAACUUCCGUGGGUUCGAUACCAUGAACUGACUGGCUCAGGCCAUUUCUUUCCUUCUCUUAUGGUUGAUGAGAUUGUCAAGACACUUUUUGUUGGAGAAGACUAGCAAGUGCAAAUGUUUCUGUAGAAGCAUCAAGAAUGUCGGACAACAGUUGAAGAAUAGAAGCAAGUACAGGGUCUUGACUUGACUGUGGCUUUAAGCAAGUUAGACUCCGCUAAGCAAUGAGUAAGGUUGUAUAUCAACAAGGACCAAGGAGAGAGAAACUUUUACAAUGUAAUGUAAUCCAUUACAAAUUAGAACACACUAAAAAGAAGAUAUAUCAAUACAAAGACAACAACACAAUACUAGAAACAAACAAAUGUAAAUUAUAAACAUCUUAUUUUUAUCUACCAAACAAAUUCAUACAUAAUACAUAUCAUAAUAUAAAAAUAUAUAUAUAGUUUCCAUGAUAUAAAGUAUAGUAAGCUGAUAGAGAAUCAGUCCUCACUCACUCACUCAUCACUCAUUGCAAACUCAGGAAGGAUCCAGCCAUUGUCCAUGGCACGACCAACAUACAACUCCAACUUCUCUCUCGCGUUAGGUAUAUCAA